CAUGACACCACCCCUUUGAUAACGGGGAAUCCUCGAGAUUUCAUUGUGUGCUGAAAGCUGAAGCAGUUGGUUUAUUUUUGGAAAUAAAGAGUGCAAAGUUGAAAGAACUAUAACUGUGAAAAUUGAGGAUUUGCGCUGGGUGAUUUCGAAAGAUGACGACUUUAUCAACUGAACUGAUACUUUUCCAAGCAAAUAAUGCAGCUGGUUAAUGCACCUUCAUAGAGAGAUUAAAGUAAUAUUCAUGAGACUUGGAAAAUUGAAAGAACUAGGCAUUUUGCAGACUCAAAAGAGAAAUGGAAAUAUUUGAGAGUGUUAUUGAGGCGCAGUUGUCUCUAUGCUCAGAUCAAUAUUUUUGCCAAGGGACAUUCCCAAACAAUUUAAAAUACGAAGCAAAAAUUUAAUUCAAGGGAGGCAGUUGCUAAUAAUGAAUGAUAAAUAUAAAUAUGAAGUUGAUAAUUCGAAGGUAGGAUUGACGAAACGUCGCGAUCACUAUAUUGAACUUGAAUAAAUCUGAAAUUAUUGAAAAUAGUUUGAACAACUACUAAAUAUUUUUCAACGAUGCCAAGAAAAAUUGCCUCAAAAUUGUGUAGAAUUAAAAUGAAUGAAUUUACGUAGAAUUGAAUGAAAAAAAAUAUUUCGUGGAUCUGUAAAAAUUCAGGAAGUCCACUGUGCGAAUUUCUGUCAAAUAUUUGCACGUCCCUAGUGUAAAAGUCAACUCAAUAGUUAUCAAAAUGAUAUAAAAAUGCCUGGGUCAACGCGUGUUCCCGAUUAGCUUGGAAAAAAAGUAAAAAAAAAUAUGAAAAAAAUCCUAAACCUUCUCGUGUUCUCACCUAGGCGGCAGCAUUGCCGUUUAUUCACACCUUGUAGCGCACCUGUGUCAAGUAGACAGCGCAGCCCGUGUUACCACAAACACACGGUACCGAGAGAGCAAAGAGUCUCUCGUACCGAGCCUAUCGCGCCAAGAAGGUACAACCAGAUCGACUUACGAUCACGAGACGGAGUAAAUCGUCAAGUACUCAUCACCCACUCAGUUCACUGGACAAUCACUGGAUAUCACCCUGGGGUCAAUCAUCCUGGAGACCCGAGAGGACAGCCACCAGGACGCAAUGAAGGAGAGCAUGAUGAAACAGGAGAUGAAAAUAGAAUGGGAGGGUAAUCGCCCUGAGGAGGGAUCACCAGUGGUGCCAAGGACUGCUGAAGAACAGGCAGUGGAGAGUCCCCAGACUGUCAUCACAGGAAGAAGACAUGUUCGGACAAUCACCACUACUGGACACAUCACCGAGACUAUUGCUGAUGGAGAGCCGGACUCUCCAGUGCCCAGUCCCUCUGAUAAACAGACCAGUAACAUCCAGGUGGUACCAGUGGCUCAUCAGGACCAGGACAAUUAUCAGGAGCAACAAACACAAUUUAUUCACAUGAAUCAGGGGAGUCCAAGUGAACAGAGGAGCAUCGACCAACACCAGAUUAUUUAUAAUACGAACAAUAGUGAGGAACUGCAAGUGGAGAGCCAGGAGGCGGAAGGACAGGCUCUUGCAUUGGCUAUUAAAGAUCAAACUCGCUACACAACUCCAGUCAUAGAAAGACCGGAAGUAGACAGAGUAUACAUAUCCUACGGCGAGGACAACGACACCCGACGCGGUGGUCCAGUGAUAACAGUUCAGGUUCCUGACCCCAGACGCCAGCAGUCCCGAUUCAGUCCCCACGAGAAUGGCCAGGUGACGCGAUUCCGCAAUUCUCCAGCCUCGGGUGAGGACUACGAAGGUAGUGGAAUGGUUUCGCACCCCCCAACAGUCCACAUACCAUCACCCGCGCACCCUUAUUCACCACCUGUGGAGACCCUGAGGUCUCAGCAACAACAAGUCGUCCCCACCUACACCGAGGCCACCAUCAAGUACGAUGUUGCACCAGCUGUGCCUACGGACAACCUGAAGACCAGCACCUACACAACUUUGGAGACUGUCGCACUGCCUCCAGCACAGACUGUUCAGUAUACACCGUAUGUCACAGAUGGAUUUCAACCUACUGGCAGUUAUGCUUACGCCAAACCUGGAGACAUCACUUACUUGGCUUAUCCUAGUGGACAAGGAAAUUUUCGUGCGGGAGAGGUGGAAUCACGAGUUUAUAUAAAGGGUGACCCCACCCUAACCUCCUCGAUAAUUCCCACAAGAACCCAACUCCACUACGACCAACCAGGCUCCCCAAAUUCCCAAGUGACAAUCUACCCAGGUCCCACCCAAGGCUUCCAGUACAUGAAGGGCACUGGCGAAACCUACUGGACAGCCCCUCCGAACUCCACAUCACCCCCAACCCUGGAUUAUGUUCCUGGCUACUCCAUUCCCAUAACCACUAGUGAUGCUGGCAGUAUGAUGUACUCUGGAGGUGGUUACACAGUUGCUGGUGACAAUGGUCCACCCUCUCCAUGGCCCACUAUUCCUGUGAGUGCCUCUGACGAUGGUUUUGAGCAUCAGCUGAUCCCAGUUGACUCCAAAGAGUGCGUCAAUUGCGGAGCUAACAUGACACCCUUGUGGAGAAGGGAUGGCACUGGGCAUUACCUGUGCAAUGCCUGUGGCAUUUAUAAUAAAAUGAACGGAGCUAAUAGACCGCCGAUGAGAUGCGGAGGAAAAAUCAAACAGAGUAUUGCACCUAGUGGACGCCGAACAGGCGUGCAAUGCGCAAAUUGUAGAACAAGUAACACAACGUUAUGGAGAAGAAAUAACAAUGGCGAGCCAGUAUGUAACGCCUGUGGCCUUUACUUUAAGCUUCACAAUGUGAAUAGACCUUUAAGUAUGAAAAAAGACGGCAUUCAGACCAGAAAGAGGAAGCCCAAAAAUCACACAAGCAUGAGCAGUGGACUGGCUGGAUCCAGUGGCAUCCACAAGACCGAGAUGAAGGCAAACCUACUCGUGGACUCGAAGCUGCAGUUGAGUAUGUACGGGGGUGGGGUCGUUGAUGGGUUUGAGGAACACCAUUAUCUUGGUACAAUGACACCAUCCCAAAUGGGGCACGCGCAUUCGCCCCUCGCAUUGCCCUCAGCCGCCGCACUCAAUCGUCAGACGACCCUUACUGUGCCCCCAUUAGAGCCGAUAACAAGUUAGCACCGCACCUCGAUCGCUGCUGAGCAUGUCAUAAUUCAUCGACUGCCGGUAAUUCAGUUAUGAGAAUUUCUACCUGAUCAGCCCGGCUGGUUAUCGACAGAACUCCCGGAGGGAGUCGCCGUCUACUGGCCACCAACGAAAAGGAGAUCGAGAUAGCGAGUGAAUAACAGAAAUCGCGGAAUUUCAAAAAUCAAUUUCCACAGAUCUCAGACGAAUUAAUUAAAUCCCCCGCAAUAAUAUUUCCGUUAUAAAACUAUAGAAUUUAUGAAUUCUCGGGCCUUCUGGGUGUUUGUACAUAGAUUUUAUACAUUUGUCCAAAGAUUUGUGUUAGGCUUAACUAUUUUUUAAUUAGAAUCGCGUAAUUGAUUGUGUUUAGAACCCAAUUUAAUAUAUUUCUAAACACAAUAAUCUACUGAGAUUUUUACAAAUGUCCAUAAUUGAAAUUAAAUACAUGAAUCUGGUACGAUCAAUACCUUGAAAUUUAUUUGACGAAUAAAAAAAUUGAUUUACGAUGUGGAACGGUCAAGUAUGGAACAAACAAAUUGAAUUUGACGAAUACUGCAACUGGAGAGCGUAAAUAAUAAUUUAUACAUAAAACUAGAUUUCGUACACUUAUCCAAAGAUUUGUGCUAGGUUUAAUCAAUUGUUAAAUAGCCUUCAAGAAUAAUGAAUUUAAAAAAAUACCCUAAUAUAUUUUUGAAUUACAAUAAAUCAGUGUGACAUUUUGAUAAAUAUCAAGAGCAUGUAAAUUGAAUAUAUGAACUAUGCACGAUAAA